AUGUUCUCUCCCAAUACAUUAUAUGCGUUCGAUGCCAUUGUGGCAAUACUAGGGUUGGCUCUGCUGAGUCGUUUUAUCGCGGCUAGGCGCAAGGGGCCCUUCCCUCCUGGACCCAAGGGGUGGCCUUUCAUGGGCAAUGCAUUGGACAUGCCUACUUCACACCACUGGAAAAUAUUCAGUCAGUGGAGUGAAAGAUGGGGGGAUAUCGUUUAUGUCACUGUGUUUGGCCAGCCAAUGGUUAUUCUCAACUCUCUCGACCAUGCGACUGAGCUAUUGGAACGCCGGAGCGCUCUCUACUCUGAUCGUCCGCAAAUGACAAGUAUCGGCAAGAUCGCUGGCUGGGACCAAAUUGUAGUGUUGACGCCGUAUGGUGCACAGUUUCGCGAACAUCGUCGGCUGCUUUCACGUUAUAUUGGAAGUCACAGCGCGAUCACGAAGUUUGCACCUGUCUUGGAACACGAGGUGACAAAACUAAUCAUGCGGAUUAUACGUCAACCAAAGGCACUCGAUCAGCAACUGAGAAGGAUGGCUGCAGCAGUUAUUCUAAAUGUAACAUAUGGCUAUGAGAUGACGGAAGAUGAGGAUCCACUUGUUGAAAUUGUAGAUACUGCCGUGACUCACUUUUCUGAACUGUCGACUCCGGGUGCUCGUCUCGCGGAUAUGUUUCCUGUAUUAGAACAUGUACCUGCGUGGCUUCCUGGUGCUGGUUGGAAAAGGAGGGCAUUCGCUGCAGCUCGGGAUACGUCUGCUAUGGUUGAAGUACCUUACGCGAUGGUCAGAGAGCGGAUGGCUUCCGGCACUGCUAUCCCUAGCUUUGUCUCAAGCAAUUUAGAGGGCGAUCCAAGUAGCGAGCAACAAUACAUGGUCAAAACGACUGCUAGUGUCAUGUAUGCGGGUGGCGCUGAUACCACCGUAUCUACUUUACACAGCUUUUUUCUCGCUAUGACCUGCUACCCAGAGGUACAAAAGAAAGCACAAAUGGAGAUUGACAACAUCAUUGGGAACGACAGACUUCCUACCCUUGGAGAUCGAGAAUCACUCCCUUACGUUAAUGCCGUAUGUUCUGAGCUUCAUCGCUGGAAUCCUGCUGCCCCACUUGGCGUGACACAUCGCCUUGUUCAAGACGACACAUAUCUGAAUUUCGUUCUUCCAAAGGGGACAUUAGUCACGGCGAACGCUUGGCAUAUUCUUCAUGACCCUGCCAAUUAUAAGGAUCCUUUCGUGUUUAACCCUGAUAGGUUCGUCAAAUCUCAUGGAGAGGAACCGGAGAUGGACCCUCGGAAGGUCAUGUUUGGAUUUGGUAGACGUAUCUGCGCUGGAAAGCAUUUUGCCGACGCGUCGGUUUUCUUAACGUGUGCUACUAUACUUGCUACUCUCGAUAUAUCCAAGGCAGUCGAAAAUGGUGUCGUAAACGAACCUAUCAUCAAUUAUGGAAAUGGAACAGUCAGGUAA